UCGUCUGGUGGGAAAAAGUUCGUCACACACCUCCGGCACAUCUCCAGCGUGACGACGGUUAACCAUACAGUCGCACAGCGAGGUCCGACUCGCGAGGGAACCUCGACUCCUCUUGGCUGGCGAUUUUCCUGGCGCGUCGCGACUCGCGUGCCCUAGUCUCCCCCUCUUUGAUUUUUCAUUUUGUAAGCUGAAGCGAGGGACCCGUGGUGUACCCCCCCGAUCCCCGAACCCCCGUACCGUACCGUUCUGAUCGGGGAACGGCACUCGUUCAAGAGGAAGAGAGACAGAGAGAGAGAAAAAGAGAGACGUCGCCGCCUGUUCGUCCUCGCUUGCGAGCGAUCUACCUCGAUACAACGAUCGUUCAACGAACGUAUUGGAGUGAAAUUGGAAUCUUGAGGAUUGUUUGGUGUCGUGAAGUGAGUGAAGUUUCGAGGGAAAUUCGGUAUGUUAAAGAGAGAAGAAAGAAGAGGGAGAGAGAAAGGAGAGCGACGACGUGCCCGAAGGUGUCGUUGACGUUUCAUGUGUCAGUGUCCUCUCUUCGUCUCUCUCGCCUUCGCGCUCGCAACGCUAUUCUCCAUCUCGUUCUCAAGCUCCAGCUUUCGUGGACUUUUCUCUCUUGAAGAAAGCAUACCGAGAAGAAAGACGAAAUAUCACGAGGAUAUUUUCGAAUGCAGUUGUUUUUGCUCCGAAAAAAUCUCAUUGCCGAUGACAAUUUUCACAAUAGCUCUUGGUUCGCCCGAUACUCUUUAAAGACUCGGUAAAAGAAAAAGAAAAAGAGAGAAGACUUUCCUCAACAUCAUCCUGACGCUAUGCCGGAUGACAGAUUAGGCCGGGAGCUGCUGUCACAGGCGGAAUCCCUCGGGAAUCUUCCCGUUCGGGAGGCAGAGCUCGACGCAGAAUGACGAGCUCGUGUUGCUGUUGCCGGAAGCGAAGCCGCGAAGAGGAGCGACGAGCAAUCCGGCGACGAAGACGACGACGACGAGCGAGUUCGGGGUCCUCUAGUGCUAGCGGAAGGCUAUGAGCGCUGACAAUGGGGACGAAUCCUUGCACUUCAGCUGCAGCUGUCGAAGACUCGUUUCUUACCCGACACGAUGAUACGCUCCUGCAUCCCGAUCGGGCGAUCGCGCGCGAAUGUCAUCAUCGGCAGCGAGUGAUGACGCGACGUCGAUAGAUGAUUUAGUUCGCCGGCGACGGGCGUCACGAGAGCUCGCGCCACAUCUGGUGGUUCUCCGGAAGAAGAUCGCGUCCGCGAAAGGAAAUCAGAGUCAGAGUAUCAAGGGGCAGAGUAUCCGAGAAAAGGAAAAGAAGAAGGAAAAGAAGAAAAGAGCGCGGGGAAAAAAGGAUACCGAGGGCACCGAGGGCAUCGAGAUCUACCACUAAGCGAAGAGAGUAGAAGACAAGAAAGCGGAGAUAGAGGGUAAAACACGUGGAUGCUGUGGCCGGUGUUGGGGGGGGAUGACGGGCUGAGCCCCACAGCGUCGCCCGCACCGGUGACCGGCGCUGUGCCCCCUGUCAAGGGGGUAAACAAACUGGCUCCUCUUCUGCUCUGCGCACCCUGCAAACCCAGCGGUCACCGGAAGUGCCAAAGUUCCACCCAGUGGUACGUGCAACAGCCCACGUGGCGUUUAUGGGGCGAGGAGAGGGGCGAUGGCGUCAUAUACACGGUGUACCUGAAAAAGGUCCGAUACCAUCGGCCUACAAGGAGUCUCUCGGCAUCGGAUUCUGACGACGAGAUCUCGCACUUGGAAUGGGAGACGGUGAGGGUGCGCUUUCUGAAAGCCGGUACGGUGCAGCGGCUGGUCGAGAGUCUGGCAAACGACGAUGGCGAGUUGGAGUCUACUUAUAUAAACGUCUUCCUGGCGACUUAUCGGGCCUUCACGACGCCGCACGAGGUCCUCGAGCUGCUACUCGCACGAUACGACGCCUUGGACGAAAACUCGGGCGGCUGCGAGCAGCAUCGCAAGACCCUGGUCCAGGCCCUGCACGUUUGGCUGGACGCAUAUCCGGGUGACUGGAAGUCACCCCCGAACUACCCUCUCCUCACCAUGCUCCUCGACUUCACCCAUCGACGACUGCUCGGCUCUGAGCUCGAGCUUAAGGCCAGGCACCGGCUGCAUCGCUUUCAGCGCGAGGAUCAGAUAGAUUCCUGCAUGGUGUACGACAAUGGUCGGCUGCCCAUGCGCGGUUCCCCGGAUCCAAUGUCGGAUCAUUGGGGUAACUACAUCUUCCCCGAGGUACCCCACCGUCACUUUGCUGAGCAACUGACACGAAUGGAUGCUGAGGUAUUCAAGAAGCUGGUUGCCCACCAAUGCCUCGGCGCUGUCUGGUCCAGAAAGGAUCGUUCCAGGAGCCACGAGGCUGCUACAGUGGUGGCGACUGUAAAUCAAUUCAAUGCCGUAUCUCUGCGUGUCAUCUCGACGAUUCUGACAGACACGACGCUCAAGUCGCAGGAGCGCGCCAGGAUCCUCGAGACGUGGAUCGAUAUUGCGCAGGAGCUACGCAUCCUGAAGAACUUUAGUAGCCUGAAGGCGAUCGUCUCCGGUCUCCAAAGCAAUCCAGUGUAUCGGCUGGAAAAGUGCUGGCAGUGCAUGCCUAGGGAGAAGCACGAGCUCUUUCGGGAACUCGAGAGGAUAUUCUCUGAGGAAAAUAAUGCCUGGACACAGAGGGAAUUGCUCAUCAAAGAGGGCACUGCCAAGUUCGCUGACACUGCCGGCAGGAGCGAUAGGCAUCUACAGAAGCUUUUUCAGAAACAAAAUACUCAUGCGGGCAACAUUAGCUACGGUACCAUACCGUAUCUAGGCACCUUCCUGACUGAUCUAACAAUGAUUGAUACGGCAAUACCGGACACGAUAGCAGACGGUCUCAUUAAUUUCGAUAAGAGACGGAAAGAGUUCGAGGUGCUGGCAAGGAUACGACUCUUACAAGGAGCGGCAAACGCAUACAAUUUCAACACGGAUUCCAUGUUCGAUCGUUGGUUUCACUCGGUAUUAGUAUUGGACGAUCGGGAAGCUUACAAGCUCAGUUGUCAGAUCGAGUCACCACCAGCAGGCAACACUCUCAAUAAUCGCGGCAAAAAGAAACAAAAUCAUCAGGGUCAUCGGAAAAAUGACUCAAUCGCGUCGACAUCGAGCUCCAGCAGUUCCCAAUUUUACUGCGACCUCGAUUCUUUGCCGAGCUCGCCUCACAACUCGUUGGACCGGCGAACCUCGCCAUCGCAAAUGUCCAGUUCGUCCUCCAGUUCGUCUCUACCUUCUCUCGACGUGUCUUUGAGCUCCGGCGGGGGUGGCAACCACCAAACCCGUCUGGCGCCUCCAGCAGGCGCCGUGCCAGCUAAUGGAAGCACCCCCAAUCUCGCUGGACUGUCCAGUCCCAGCCACUCGCACAAAAGUUCGCCGGACUUCUACAUCAUCAAGGUCACUAUGGAGACGGACAACGUGGAGACGGAGGGUGUGGUGCUUUACAAGUCCAUCAUGCUGUCAAAUAACGAGCGGACGCCACAGGUGAUCCGAAACGCCAUGCUGAAGCUCAGCAUCGAGGGCAAUCCCGAUCAAUACACUCUAGCGCAGGUGCUACCUGAUCGGGAGAUGGUGCUACCCACCUCGGCCAACGUCUACUAUGCUGUAAAUACCGCGCACAAUCUCAAUUUCAUACUGAGACCGAGGAGAGAGUCCAACGACGCGACCUCAGACAGCCCCAGGAGCAAGAGCAGCGGUCACAAUCAUAAACGAUAAUCGUGAAUACUGUUGCCUGAAAGUCAUAGACAUUCGUAAGAUCGAAAGACGAUCUUUGAAAUCUGCCGAACAGGGAACAGUUUUGGAAUUUUGAACGCGAGAUCAUAGUGAUAGCUAAAAGUAAAAUUGAUCGAGGUGAUCGUGAUAGAAAAUAAAUGCGAUAUUAACGAAUCAAACAUUAAAUUAUAAUGCAACGAUAUUAAUUAUGAUA